GAACUAAGCGAAAGUAGUCAACGUCAAUUUUAGUUUCUAGACGUUGGCCGCUGUGGAAUGGUGGCAAAGCGUAAUAGAUGUAAUUCAAAUGCUUAAUUCUUGUUUGAAGAUUACAAACAACAACAAGUUAAAGUGAAAGUUAGAAAAUAAUAAAUUUCAUAACAAUACGAGAACAAAAUUAAAAGGGGAAACAGAAAUUUGCUGGACGAUUAUUUUUUAAAAAAUUAACACUCGGAAAAAGUUUUUAUGAACAGUAAACAUCAGCAGCAAUAACAGCAGUGAAGAAAGCGCCGCUUAAUUAGCCAGCCAUUCAUUCAUUUGGGUUCAUUGUCUAAAGGUUGGACUUGUUUUGUUUCAAUUCCAUUAUGUUUCCGCUUUGCACAGCCUAUUGAUAUAUGCACAUAUGCAUGAACGUAUGUGUGUAAUUUUUAGUUGAACUUUGAAAUCAAUGAUUUUUAAUGCAAGCUCAUUUUGAAUGCAGUGCAAAAGUAAACAAAAGCAGAGGUGAUGUAAAAUCAGCUGAUUCGGUGAAACAAUCAAGUUUCGUUUAUAUGAAAAAACAACAACAACAACAAAUAAACAAGUAAAAAGGUAACAGUGCGCACGAAAGAGAAUACAAAAUUUUACUCAUUUAGAAAGUGAAGUGAAAUAAUUUCACAAAAGCAGAAAAACGGCAGCAGCAGUGGUACAAUUACAAAAAAAAAAAAACAAUCUAAAAACAACAAGCAAUCGUUUCACUCAUAGAACUUUCGCAGAAAUCCCUAAAAUAAUUGCGCUGACGUCAGUCGGUGUGGCGCGUCAACUUAUCGCAUACAUACAUACAUACAUGUUUGUGCUAUAUACACGAUUAUGUCCACUUGUAUUUGUGUUGCGCAGAAAGUAGCGCUUAACGAAAUUAUUUAAAAAGUAAAACUAAUCAAAAAAUAAUAUUAAAAAAAGAAACACAACGACCGACCAUAAUAAGAAAACGCAAGAAAACGUGUCAACGCCGAAAGUGAACAACAACAACAACAAAAUAAUUUACUACACUUCACAGUGAUAGAAUUGAUUUUUUUUGUAUAUAAACAUACAUACAUUUGUGUACAUACAUAUGCGACUUUUAGUGCAGGUUUUGUUUUGCGAAAUGCACUACGGUUGUUAAUUUUCACUGCAAUUAGCAACGGAGUAGCUAAAGUGACAAGUAAAUAGAGACAGUUUAUUCAAGUGUGGGAGGACAUUUUUUGAGUAAAGCCAUUGCAAAUAAAUCAAGAAAAAAAUAUUCGAAAAACACCACCAAUUCAACAAAUAAACGCAGACUAUGUACAAAUUGGAACUUCUGCCAAAACAACAACAACCACAAAAACACAAAUCAAAAUUAAUAAAGCGACCAAAACAACAACAACACCUAAAACAAGAACCACCGCCUGACACCGCAGCAACACUCAGUCAGCCACAAUUGCAAACUGCAGAACGUGCAAAAAAAGCAAAAACAUUGUCAGCAACAACAACAAAACACGCUUGCAAACUAGAUAAAGUAGUUAAGACAAGCAACAACAAACGAUACCUCUUGUACGCAGUUUGUCUAAAUAAACGUCGUACAAGCGCUUUCGCCUAUCAGCAACAAUUGCCAGCAAUUCGCAAUUCAUUGCAUUUGAUCAAACACUUCCUGCAGCGCGGACGUGCACAUCUGCUGAUCGCGAACUGUGAUCUGCGAAAUUUUAUCGAUUACACAUAGCGAACAAGAAAAAAGAGCGCAGCGGUCAGCAGAAUCAGCUGCAGCAAAGAGAAUAGCAGCAGUAGCAAAAACAAAGAUACACUAACAAUUGUUGUGUGCGACGCCAACUGCGUCGUUAAUUACGUUCAAGAGGAAGAGAACGAUUAAUUUUUCUCUGUAAAUACAAACAAAACUCAGCAAAGAGCAAAACAAAACAGAAACGUUUUUACAAGCGAAACGAUAUACAAAUCGAAAUAAAGUUGUAACGAAACAUCGCCGCGCAAUGAAUAUCGGCAGUCCGAUUUUUGUGCCGCGUAACAGCGCGCCAAUGGCCUCCACGUCAGCUGCUAUUAAGACAGUUGUCGGCACAUUGGAGCCGAAAUCACCCUAUGCCUCUCCACGCGCCAUUUCGCCAACCACAGUUGGCCAAAAUAUGGACACUAAUAACAAUGUGGAAGGCUAUUGGCCUUUAUUCAACAAUGCAACAGCGUUUUAUUCCUGUGAUGUGAAUAGCAACUAUUUGCAAUAUUGUCAGCAAAAACAACAACAAUAUUUUCAAAAUUUUUUCCAGCGGCAAAGAACUUUACCCAAUUUCCACAUUCAAUGGACGCAGCGGAAAGCGAUAAACGCCGCAAUCGGUCAGCGUCAGCAGCGCAAAGUAACAAAAGCAGCGGCAAUGGCAGCAGAAGUGACAUCUUCACCAAGCCAGCAGAGCAGGAAGAAGCAAAAAACACAGCAGCAAGCAACGAAACAACAACUACUUUUUGAGCAACAACAACAGCAACAACAAGUGGAUGCCACGAAAUUUACAACAAAAGAUAAGACAACGGAGAUGCCCAACGAUUCGCUUUCGCCACUAUCGAACCCAGCAACAAUGUUGUUGCUGUUGAAAUCAACUGCAGAAAUUGUCAGCAUCGAUGUUGCAAACGAAAAUGUUUUGAGCGAAAACAAUAAAAACAAACACAUAAAUAAUGACAAUGUCGUCAUUUCGAAAGAGGAGGGUGAUGUCAAUAUGACAACACUCACGCCGAUAUGCGAUGCAAUUGCGGCAUUGCCAAAUCAAUCAAUUCAAAUUUCAAAAUUAGUUGCUGAACCGGAAGAGCCGACAAAGAAAGAGUUACGAUUACAGGUAGCUAAUGAUGCAUCCAACAUCCCAUUCACUGCAGAUUUGCUUCGAGAUGUAGAACCACUGCAGCAAACCUCCCAAUCUGAAAUCGAGGUAUGUAUUGUUGAGCCUCAUUCUGAACCCACAGUUUCAAAUGAAGAAUACUGUAAUGAAGACGACGAAACAGUCGGUGACGGAACUAAUGAAGUGAUGCUAAGUACAAAUAAAAUUACAUCGGAGAAGAUAAUAUUUAUCAGCAUUUAA